AUGUCCGCCAUUACUAAUAGCGACCGCUCUACGGAACUGAGUUUCAACGAUCAUUUUGUCCAAAUUAUCGACGGAAAAGCUUCUCCGACAGAGAAGAAUCGUCAUGGCAUUAAUCCGGCAAACCUGAUUGCGAAAGCAGAGGUCCCUAUCGCUACGCGCAAGGAUCUUGAUCUUGCCGUCGCUGCAGCAAAAGAUGCCUUCAAAGCAUGGUCGAAAGUUUCCUACGAAGACCGAAAGAGGGCAGUUUUGGCAUAUGCGGAUGCUGUGGAUAGCCACCGAACUCGGUUCAGAGACUUGCUGAUCUCUGAACAAGGAAAGCCAAUACCUCAAGCAGAUGCUGAGACAGAGGCGGCGAUCAGCUGGAUCCGUGGCAUGGCCGGAAUCCAACUACCGGAGGAUGUUGUAGAGGACACCGAUCACCGGACCAUUAUCACUCGUUAUGCUCCUCUGGGUGUAGUCGGCGCUAUUGUUCCUUGGAACUUUCCCUUGCUUCUCGCGACGGGCAAAAUCGCACCGGCCCUCCUGACUGGGAAUGUGAUCAUUGUCAAACCAUCACCAUUCACCCCGUACUGUGGGCUGAAGUUAGUUGAACUAGCACAACAGUUCUUUCCGCCGGGUGUGGUUCAGUCUCUGAGCGGAGACGACGACCUUGGCCCUUGGUUGACAAGUCACCCCGGCAUUGACAAGAUCAGCUUCACUGGAUCCACAGCCACAGGGAAAUUGGUAAUGCAGAGCGCAAGCAAGACAUUGAAGAGAGUCACGCUGGAAUUGGGAGGAAACGAUCCUGCUAUCGUGUUCCCGGAUGUAGAUGUUGACAAGGUCGCUGAGAAGGUGGCGUUUUUCGCAUUUCUCAACUCCGGCCAGAUCUGCCUGAAUUUGAAACGUAUUUACGUGCACGAGACCAUCUUUGACCGCUUCAAGGAAGCCUUAGUGAAGCACGUCAAGGGGUACAACCUCGGUGAUGGCUCACAACUUGGCGUCACUCAUGGACCUCUGCAAAACUCGAUGCAGUAUGAACGAGUCAAGACAUUCUUCUCGGACAUCGAGUCUCAAGGAUGGAAAGUUGCCGUAGGCGGCAACGUCGAGCAGUCUCAAGGCUACUUCAUCACUCCUACGAUCAUCGAUCGCCCUCCUGAGAAGUCGCGCCUGGUCGUCGAGGAGCCCUUUGGUCCCAUUGUUCCUCUCCUUUCCUGGAGCAGCGAAGAUGAGGUUGUUUCCCGCGCCAAUGACACGUCGAUGGGCCUUGGAGCAUCCGUGUGGACAAACGAUUUGGAGAAAGCUGCCAAGAUUGCUAGGCAAAUCCAAGCAGGCAAUGUUUGGGUCAACACACACUUCGAUCUCACACCUUUAGCUCCAUUCGGAGGGCAUAAGGAGAGUGGUAUUGGAACUGAGUGGGGUGCAAAUGGCCUAAAAGGGUUCUGUAAUGUGCAAACCCUAUUCCUCAACAAGCAGGUUGUUAUUUGA